UACAGACCCACCCCAGCGACAGAUCCGGCUGGGGCAAUAUAAAGCCAGUUUCAGCCUCAACUCUGGGCCAAGCGCCUUCCUGACACCAUGAGGUCCACCAGGCUCAUGCUCACUGUCCUUGGGACUCUAGCAGUCGUCCUUGUCCUGGGCUCCCUGGCCGUGGAGGCAGCUGUUGUUGAAGUUCCAGUCAAGGGCCAAGUCCUUGUCAAGGGACAAGAUCCGGUUAAAAGACCAGUUCCAAUUAAAGGUCAAGAUCCAAUCAAAGGAGGAAGUUCCGGCAACUCUAAGCCUGGCUCCUGCCCUGAGAUUCGUAUCCGCUGCGCCAUGUUAAAUCCUCCUAACCGCUGCCUGAGUGAUGCGCAGUGUCCACAGAACAAGAAGUGCUGUGUGGGCGCUUGUGGGAAGGCCUGUCUGGCACCCCAAUGAGGUGGACACUGUCCUGACUGCACCUGUGAAGAUGGCUGCCGGCUACCAUCUGAUCCCGGAGCUCCUUCGUUCUGUUCUCAUCCACAUUGUCCAUAUUUCUCCUUAUUCGAGAUGCCCGAGCCUGGGCCUACCUCUCUCGCCCCCUUUCCAAUAAAAAGACCCUCUUCUAUGGCA